GGCGCUCUUGAACGUCCCCCGGCUCUCAUUGUGCAGCCGAGGAAGCAUCGGAAGGUUUCGACGACGUCGGUAUGAAAUGGCAGAAAGUGGCUGUGUCGCGGAAGCACCGAGAUUAGGCUACGCAGGAGCUGCACAUGUUUGUUGUGGUGACCCCGGCCUGCUGAACUGAGCGCUGACGGGAGUGCUUCUGUGGGGACGAACGCGGACCGAAGACCACCAGGAUUUCCUGCCUUAUAAACCCCGUCCAGCUUUGCGUCGGAGGGAGGCAGCAGGCGGCGGCUGCAAGUCGACACUGCUGCUACUAACCGGAGAGGGAUCUUGACAGGCCUGCCCUUCUUGGAUGCCCAGCCACAGCGUUUUGUCAAGGUUUCAUCAUGAACCGGAACAAGCGUGAGAAGGAGUAUUACAGCAUAGAUGUGGGGGAUUCAACUUUUACAGUCUUGAAGCGCUACCAGAACCUCAGACCCAUUGGAUCUGGAGCACAAGGAAUUGUCUGCUCAGCGUAUGACCAUAACUUGGAGAGGAACGUUGCCAUCAAGAAGCUGAGCCGGCCCUUUCAGAAUCAAACCCAUGCCAAACGGGCCUACAGAGAACUGGUGCUCAUGAAAUGUGUCAACCACAAGAAUAUCAUCGGGCUUUUAAACGUAUUCACACCACAGAAGACACUGGAGGAGUUCCAAGAUGUGUAUCUAGUGAUGGAGCUGAUGGACGCCAACCUCUGCCAGGUGAUUCAGAUGGAGCUGGACCACGAGAGGCUGUCCUACCUGCUCUAUCAGAUGCUGUGUGGAAUUAAACACCUGCACGCUGCAGGCAUCAUACACAGGGACCUGAAGCCCAGCAACAUUGUAGUAAAGUCGGAUUGCACACUGAAGAUCCUGGAUUUCGGCUUGGCCAGGACAGCUGCCACCGGCCUGCUCAUGACGCCCUACGUAGUGACCCGCUACUACCGCGCCCCUGAAGUCAUCCUGGGCAUGGGUUACCAGGCCAACGUGGAUAUUUGGGCUGUGGGCUGCAUUAUGGCAGAAAUGGUUCGCCACAAAAUCCUUUUUCCUGGAAGGGAUUAUAUUGACCAGUGGAACAAGGUGAUCGAGCAGCUGGGCACGCCGUCACAGGAGUUCCUCAUGAAGCUCAACCAGUCAGUUAGGACCUACGUGGAGAACCGGCCACGUUACGCUGGCUACAGCUUUGAGAAGCUCUUCCCUGAUGUCCUGUUUCCUGCAGACUCUGAACACAACAAGCUGAAAGCGAGCCAAGCCAGGGACCUUCUAUCCAAAAUGCUGGUAAUAGAUGCUUCCAAGCGCAUCUCCGUGGAUGAGGCUCUCCAGCACCCAUACAUUAAUGUGUGGUACGAUCCGACCGAAGUGGAAGCACCACCACCCGCGAUCACAGACAAGCAGCUGGACGAGCGAGAGCACACAGUGGAGGAGUGGAAAGAGUUGAUAUAUAAAGAAGUGCUGGACUGGGAGGAAAGGACGAAGAACGGUGUCAUCAGGGGACAGCCUGCAUCUAUAGGUGCAGCAAUGAGCAGCAGCCCUCAGCAGCACCACCAGCACCAGCCCUCCACAUCCUCGUCCGCCUCCACCAACGACGUCUCCUCCAUGUCCUCUGACCCGACCCUGACCGACACGGACAGCAGCCUGGAGACGGCCAGCGCCGCUGCCGGCUGCGCCGCCGCGCCCAGCGGCCCCGUGGGCUGCUGCAGAUGACUAUCACGCUAUCCUCCAGGUCCCGGCGGCAGUCCUGCUUUGUGGUCACACCUUUGGACCGCCAGCUGAACGCUGGGGCUCGUUCCAAACCAUAGUACCCUCCUCCUCCUCCCUGUGCUUGUCUCCAGUAGUAUAGCGUAUUAGUCAGAUAGCUGUUUAAGAAAUAUUUCUGACAGAACCAGAUCUUCAUCCUGUUUUCUUUUAAAAUAAUCAUCUGUUGUCUUCUUUUUUGUUUUUGUUCGAAAUAUCAUUUUAUUUUUAGUCUAUAAUUUAUUGUUGCAGCUUUUUUUUUUCACAAACCAGUAAUGGUUACCACAUUUUUAUUUCUGUUCUGACAGUGAGAUCUUUAAAAUGUCAUACGCUGAUCUGUUAUUCUUUUCAAAGAUCUGUUGACAGUUGGUUUUUACCGGUAAGCAAAUGCUUUUACAACUCGCCAUAUAAUUGUAGAUUACGUUUGUACAGAUGUGACGGUAGUUGUUAGCUUUAUCUUCAAUACGAACCUUCGGUGAGACAUUGAAACUUAAUUUAAUUUCCAAACGAAUCGUCUUAGAACCUCCCUUAUGUGGUUUUGUCUAAAAUAUGGAUAUAGAUUUUUUUUGUUUUUGUUGCAUAUGACAUAUCCAUUUAUUUGAAACAAGAUAAUUUAGACUCAUUUGUAAAAAAAAAAGAUAUAUAUAUGACUGCUUAUGAGUCGCUACUACUUCCUACGUUGUAAAGUUUCACUUUUUAUGAAUGCUUUAUAAUUUUUAUAUUUUUCACUUCCCAUAUGGAAAAAAAGGCUGAGAUUUGGUGGAUUCUCCUUUGUCAUAUUUAGACUAGAAGAGGGAACGUGUCGGAUAAGCAGAAGGAAUUCCUGCUUUAUUUUUAAGUGCUUUAAAGUUCCUCUGUUGUCCAAGCGAGCAGUCAAAGCGACAUUGUGGACGGACCCGGUUAGGUGGAAUAGUUCUGGUCACAGGUCUGGACUCUGGAAGGAUUCUUUGUUGUGCUGCGAGAGUGUCAUUUAGAAAUGUAGAGCUGUGUGAGGUUUGAGAAGUCGUUGACGGCAAGUAGGGACUGGUGGUGUUGAGAAGGCAGAGGAACGUUUGGCGCACCUCAAUGAAUUCAAAUAUCAGCAAAAAGGUCAUUUAUUUCAGCAAGUCAAAAAAAUGAAACCGAUACACGCCAUAGCGUAAGUUUACAUACAGUGAGAUUCCUCGGUUUUUAUUUUGGUGCAUUUGGAUCCAUCUAAAGGAAACUAAUUUCACAGAAAACUGAAAAAGACCCAUAAAGAUCAAUAAAAAAUUAAUCUAGUAAUGUGGCGCUACUCAAACAUAUGUCCACAUACUGUGCAGCAUAUGCUCAGAGCUUUUUCUGCAUGUAUUACUGCUUUCAUGCAGCGCAGCAUGACGAGGUCAGCCUGUAGCACUGCUGAGGCGUUGAGGAGCCCCGGCUCCUUUAAUAGCUGUCUUCAGCUAGCCUGCAUUUUCCUCUUGACAAUACCCCAUAGAUUCUCAACGUGUCCAAUGCCAAGGAAACUAAAAGCCUCGCCUGCAGCCUUUUCUGCCAGAGUUUUUCCUUCCACUGAACCUUCAAUAGAUAGGCUUGGAUAAGGUACGCUGAACAACUAGCUUGUGGCACUGGCUUUUUGUUGAGGGUGUCACUGGCAGAGUGCUGAAUAAGUAUCAAUUAGCAGUCUUCCCAAUGAUUAUGUAGGCCGACAAAAAGCAAUUAAAAAAAAUAGUUUUUAAAAUAGCUCCUAUGUCACAUGAAUUUUGGAUUUUUCAAUUAGCUGUAAACCAUAAUCAUCAAAAUUAACAGUAAUCAAUGCUGAAUAUAAGGUGGCAUGACUUUAUUUAAUACACAAGUCUGAUUUUAGAGUUCAAACCAUGAAUAAAUAAACUAAUGUCGUUAAAAAGUACCUUUUCAAUGGUGUUUUAAAUUUAUUGAGGUGCACCUGUCUUUGGUGUCACGGAGGGAGAGUGAUGCUGUUGAGUGGAGAUUGAAGAUGAGAAAGUGGCCAAACAGACAAGAAUCCAGCUGUUGUUAAGGAAUGCAAUAAUGUCGCCCUCUUUUGAGUGUAUUUGAUAUUGGUUUUGAAAAGGUAAAGUGCCUGUUGUUUGUCAUUCAUUCCUGUGUCUGCUGAAGGGGUAUGUGUUAAUUGCGUGUAAGCUUUUCUGGUGUCUCGAUAACAACAGUAGUUUCCGUGUCAAAACAGUAAACGUUGUGGUUCUCACAAAUGUCUAUUUUUUUUUUUUUACUUGUUUUUGAGUUUUGACCCCGGAGAAGGAGAGCGUCAUCUUGCAGGUUUAAAAGAAAAGCUUACAUGGAAACUGAGGAGCUUAAGCAAGUGUUUAAGUCAUUUCAGAGGUGUUUCAUCAAAGUGAAAAGAAGUCUCUGUUUGCAGUGACAGCGACCAGAACUUAUGUUAAUAAUGCAUUUUCUGUGAUUUCCUUUGGGUUAUUGUCAGAUGUUUGGAUUGUAAGAGAGACAUUUCCUAACUGUCUAAGUUGAUGUGUUUUAUUGGGUUGAGCAUUUUCUGUUGGAUACAGUUUUGAUGGCUGAGUUACAAAACUCUCUGAAAGACAGGCCCUGUGGUUCUGACU